AUGCAUCUCAUCUGGGAGAAUGUCGUCAAAAACCUGAUGCAGCUCUGGACAGGGCAGUACAAGGGACUCGACACAGGGAGUGAGGACUAUGAGAUCCUCCCGAGCAUCUGGGAAGCGAUCGGAGAUGCAAGCGCACAGGCCGGAGAUACCAUUCCUGGUCAGUUCGGUCCCCGUCCGCCCAACGUUGCGAGUGACAAGCUGUCAUGGACAGCUGAUACUCGCUCGUUCUGGUUCCAAUAUGUCGGGCCUGUCCUUCUAGCACGACGUUUCACACACCGCAAGUACUACACCCAUUUCAUCGCCCUUGUACACAUUCUUCGGAAAUGUCUCCAAUAUGAGAUGCCUGUCUCCACGGUGGCUGAGAUACGUCAAGGUUUUAUCGACUGGGUCAAGGACUAUGAAGUAAUGUAUUAUCAGAAGGAUCCUCACCGCCUUGCCAUGUGUCCACUUACCGUACAUGCAUUGCUCCAUGUGGCUGACAGCAUUGAGUUUAUCGGCCCUGUCUGGACGUGUUGGGCUUUUUCCAUGGAACGCUAUUGUGGCUCUCUUCAACCCGCAAUUCGCAGCCGCCGCUAUCCUUAUUCGAGUCUCAAUCGCUUCCUUGUGGAUCAAGCACGCCUGGCACAUCUCAAGCUCACCUAUCCAGGUCUCGAGGACGUCCUCCGUCUUGCACCACCGCCCACACAGGGGGGAACCUCUAUUAUAGGCUAUGACACCUGUGUUCUUCUUUCACCUCGGCAUCCAUUGAAUCUCUCCAGAGGCCUCACGGACAAGAUUCUAGCAUGCUUAUGUACACGCUAUGAUGUCCCCCUUGCUCACUUGCGACGUGUUCUCCCCAAGACUGUUCAAGAGUGGGCGAAGCUCCGCAUCCUCCCCGCUGGUGAUACCAUACGAUCCUCCUCUCUCCAGGCCGCGCUUGAAGAUAGGCGUGAUUGCACCUUCGUCAGGUAUGAACAACUUGUCGACAUUCAUGCUCGGAACCAUCACAUACAAGCCGAGUAUGAAGGCAAUACCUUUUAUGGACAGUUGCAACAUAUCAUCGUUUUGGAGAUGCCCACAGGUACGUUCACAUCUGGUGAAACCCUCAUAUUGGGGGUCAUCCAGUCUUGUGCUGUUGAGAGGCACAAUCACGACCUCGAUCUGCACUACUAUUCCCGGCUUGGGGCGACGGAGGUGGUGGACAUCCAGACUAUUCAGUGCGCAGUGGGGCGGAUACGGGAUCGGAAUGAGUGGGCAAUAUUGGAUCGUAGUGGUGAGCUCUCACGUGCACUGUAUACAGAGGAUUCAGAGGAGCUACACGUGUUGUAAU